GGCCCUGCAUGCCGCCCUCCCGGGGUGUCCCUGAGAGAGGUCACUUCCACUAUAUAAGCUGCCCCCACCGAGCGGAGGACACCAGAAGCUCACCAACCACCGCCAUCAUCAUGAAGACUGCGCUGAUCGUGGCCGUUGUGCUCGCCGUGGCCGCCGCCGACACCCAGUACGCCUACAGGCCACCCCAACCCUCCGCCUCGGCCAGGUCAGACUUCAUCGAAGUGGUGCCCAUCCUGAGGGACAACCGCGUGCACGACGAGGCAGGCAGCUACAACUACGAUGUGGAGACCGGCAACGGCAUCAAACUGUCACAGUCCGGCUCCCCGUCCGGACCCGAGGGCGCCGUGGUCAAGGCCGGACAGUACUCCUACACCGCCCCGGACGGCACGCUGGUGGAGGUGAGGUAUGUCGCCGACGAGAACGGUUUCCAGCCUGAGUCUCCCCUGCUGCCCGUGGCCCCCGCCUUCCCCCAUCCCAUCCCCCAGUUCGUGCUGGACCAGAUCGCCUUCGCCGCCGAGGAGGACGCCGCCCGCGCCCGCGCCGAGGCCUCCCAAGUGAGGUCUGCCUCUGUGGCCGCCCCCUCAAACAGCUACGUAGUCCCGCAGUAAAUAUACACAUUGAAUUCCUAUAUUUUGCCCAUGUCCGCGCGUACAUGUACUUAGUCAUAAUAUUUAUUAUAAUAAUAUAAUAUGUAUAAUUUAUUAUAAAUAUUAAUAAAUUUUGCAAUGAUAUAA